AUGAUUGCGCCGGGAGCACUUUCAUUUCGACGAGAAGCGCUUCAGUUUCACCCUAGCCGCCGCCGCCGCCGCCGCCGCCGCCAGACUGACGAUGACUACUGCUACUACUACUACUGCGACGACAACGACGACUGCGACGACCAAUUCUUUCCGCCGGCAUUGUUGCAAGAGUUUCGCGACAACACCCCCCCAACCAAUAGUGACGUUUACUGGCCAACAAUAACAAACCCGACUGCCACCCGCAAAGCACACGAGUACAUCAAAGAAGAGACGACACGGCACACGAGACGGGCGAGAGCCAUUGCCGUCAUUCCUGCCCAACAUGAAUUUAACAUGCAACUCCACGUUGGAGGAGAUGCGAAGUACGUUGAAAAUCUCAAAACAACCACAAGCGCUGGAGCCACCAAAUCUCCAAUCCCCUCCAAUGCCCAGCUUCUGCCCCAGAUCCUCCCGUCUUGUCGCUCGCUGGUACCUGCAUGCCCAGAAACUUUUAGAGCCAUGGCGCCAAGUAUAAGCAUUGUCAAUCUUGGGUCUGAGACCAAGAUAGCCGGCCCCUUCACCUUUCAUCAACUGGCCUUGAUCAUAGCCGGCGGGUGCGCCGCCAUUGCCAUCAUCACCAGCUUCUACUUGAUGUGGAGGCAUGCGACCAACUACACCAAGCCUCGAGAACAAAAACACAUCAUCCGCAUCUUGUUCAUGGUUCCCAUCUACUCGGCCUCCGCUUUCCUCUGCAUAUGGUACUACUGGCAUGCCGUCUACUUUCAGGUUCUCAGCGACUGUUAUGAAGCCUUUGCCAUCUCGUCCUUCUUCGCCCUCAUGUGCCACUACAUGGCCCCCGACCUACACGAGCAGAAGGAGUAUUUUAGAAACAUGCACCCCGUGAAACCCUGGGUAUGGCCCGUCACCUGGAUGAACAAGUGCUGUGGCGGCGAGCGUGGGCCUUGGAGAACCCCCAAGAGCGGCCUGACGUGGUUCAACAUUAUUUGGAUAGGCAUUUACCACUACUGUUUCAUCAGGGUAGCCAUGACCAUCACCGCCGUCGUUACCCAGUACUUUGACCGUUAUUGCGAAAGCUCCAACAGUCCAGUCUUUGCGCACAUCUGGGUCUUGGUGAUUGAGUCCGUGGCGGUAACGAUCGCCAUGUUUUGCGUCAUACAGUUUUAUAUCCAGCUCAAGGAGCCGCUUGCGGAACACAAACCCUUCUUGAAGGUCUUGGCCAUCAAGCUGGUCAUUUUCUUGUCAUUCUGGCAGUCCAGCGCCAUCUCGGUCGGUACAUCCACUUUGCACAUUGUCGAAGCAAACGACGUUUUGGCAUAUCCGGAUUUGAAGGUUGGCAUACCUUCGUUGCUUCUAUGCGUCGAGAUGGCCCUGUUUGCUAUCCUCCAUCUAUGGGCUUUCCCAUACUCGCCUUACGUUCCUGGUGCUAAACAGACCUUCUACCCUGUUACCGACCCUUCAUCGGGUCUACCACCCCGUGAGAACGAUCGCGGCGAACCACAAGGCGGACCAAUGGGCAUUAAGGCCUUCAUCGAUGCCAUCAACCUCUGGGAUGUAGUCAAGGCGUUUGGACGUGGUAUCCGCUGGCUCUUUGUUGGCGUCAAGAAGCGCCACAACGACCCAAGUUACAAGAACGGCCACAACAGCCUCGACACCAGCUACCCCAUGAAGCCUUUUGCCAUGAGGCCUGCUGGGGCAAAGAGCACCGAUCAUUUGCCGAUUGCUACACAAUUUCGGCAAAGCACAUUCUACGACAAACCUAGCCCCUUGGGGCCUACCCGGCGCAACGACGAAAGCGCCGGCUUGAUCAACAAUGCCCAGGAUAUCUCCAUUUCUCCACCAAGGGAGCCGAGCCCCUAUCUUGAGCAACCUCUGGAAAACCCCCGGCAAGACGGGCGCGCCUCAAGCCCCUACCACGACCCCCAUCGAGAAGAAUACUACCAAGGGCCGCCAACGCACGAGGAGCACCCGACAGAACAUGGACCCUACCAUGCCUAUUCCGGGCCCGAAGACCUUGAGCAUACGCAAUAUGCCACAGCAUCUUCCAGCAACACAAUGAGUGGCAACAAUCAACAACAAAAUAACAGAAGCUCGACACAAAUCAAAUUCGGCAAUGCACUGUGGGGUGAUCGUCCUCAUCCUGCCGGGCAACCUGCCGGUCAUUUCUAG